GCGCGCGGACCCAGACUCCACGUGCCCCGCGCGGGGGUUUCCGCGUCCUCUGGGCGGAGCCGGAAGAGGAAGUCGGCGCUGCAGUGGCGGCCCCAACAGUAGCGGCCGCCCGUGCCUACCUCUGCCGUCCGCGCCCGUCCGGCCCGGCCACGGAGGCAGCGCCGCGGCGGGACCCGGAGCCUGUGCCCGCCGAGAAGCGCCGCGCCGCCGGGCGCCCAGCAGUUCGAUGGGGCCGCAGCGGCCGUUUCGUACGGCCGCGACCGCCCUGCUCUGGGGCUUCCUGCUCCCGCUGACAGCUGCUCAGGAAGCAAUCCUGCACGCGUCUGGAAAUGGCAAACCUUUACCAUCUAAGGACUACUGCAUGCUAUAUAACCCUCAUUGGACAGCUCUUCCAAAUACCCUGGAAAAUGCAACUUCCAUCAGUUUGAUGAAUCUGACUACCACACCACUGUGCAACCUUUCUGAUAUUCCACCUGAUGGAAUAAAGAACAAAGCAGUUGUAGUACAGUGGGGGACCUGCCAUAUUCUUGAAAAAGCCAGAAUUGCACAAAAAGGAGGUGCUGAAGCAUUGUUGGUUGCCAAUAACAGUGUCCUAUUUCCUCCCUCAGGGAACAAAUCUGAAUUUUAUGAUGUGAAAAUACUGAUUGCAUUUAUAAGCCGCAAAGACUUUAUAGAUAUGAAGCAGACUCUUGGAGAUAACAUUACUGUGAAAAUGUAUUCUCCAUCGUGGCCUAACUUUGACUAUACUAUGGUGGUUAUUUUUGUAAUUGCUGUGUUCACUGUGGCAUUAGGAGGAUACUGGAGUGGACUAAUUGAAUUGGAGAGCAUGAAGGCAGUGACAAACACUGAAGACAGAGAAAUGAGGAGAAAGAAGGAAGAAUAUUUAACUUUUAGUCCUCUAACAGUUGUAAUAUUUGUGGUCGUGUGCUGUGUUAUGAUGGUCUUACUUUAUUUCUUCUACAAAUGGUUGGUUUAUGUUAUGAUAGCAAUUUUCUGCAUAGCAUCAGCAAUGAGUCUGUACAACUGUCUUGCUGCACUCAUUCAUAAGAUACCAUGUGGACGAUGCACGAUUAUGUUUCGUGGCAAAAGCAUUGAAGUGAGACUUAUUUUUCUCUCUGGACUGUGCAUAGCAGUAGCUGUUGUUUGGGCCGUAUUUAGAAAUGAGGAUAGGUGGGCUUGGAUUUUACAGGAUAUCUUGGGGAUUGCUUUCUGUCUGAAUUUAAUUAAAACACUGAAGUUACCCAACUUCAAGUCAUGUGUGAUACUUUUAGGCCUUCUCCUCCUCUAUGAUGUGUUUUUUGUUUUCAUAACACCAUUCAUCACAAAGAAUGGCGAGAGUAUCAUGGUUGAACUUGCAGCUGGACCUUUUGGAAAUAAUGAAAAGUUACCAGUAGUCAUCAGGGUACCAAAGCUGGCCUAUUUCUCAGUAAUGAGUGUGUGCCUCAUGCCAGUUUCAAUACUGGGUUUUGGAGACAUUAUUGUACCAGGCCUCUUGGUUGCAUACUGUAGAAGAUUUGAUGUUCAGACUGGUUCUUCCUCUAUAUACUAUGUUUCCUCCACAAUUGCCUACGCUGUUGGCAUGAUACUCACAUUUGUUGUUCUGGUGCUGAUGAAGAAGGGGCAGCCUGCUCUCCUCUAUUUAGUUCCUUGCACGCUUGUUACUGCCUCAGUUGUUGCUUGGAGACGUAAGGAAAUGAAAAAGUUCUGGAAAGGUAGCGGCUAUCAGGUGAUGGACCAUCUGGACUACGCAACAAAUGAAGAAAACCCUGUGACUGCUGGUGAACAGAUUGUCCAACAAUAAUAUGUAGACCUGCAAUAAUGUGUCAGUUGAUUUUCUACAAAUAGAGUUUGACUUUUUAAAUUGACUUUUGAAUUGACAAUCUUAACGAAUCUUCAGUGAUAUGCUUGCAAAUACAUAUUUUUAAGAGCUGGUACUGACACUUACAUCAAAUAGUUGAAACACAUUUGCUUUUAACUGUUAAAGUUGUGCCUUCACAUUAAAUAAAGCAUAUGGUCUGUGUGAUUUUGAAGAUCUAUUAUAUACAGUAUAUUUUUCUAAAGAACUGUCUUGACCCACCCCUGUACUUUCUUACUGAAAUGUUUCUUACAACUCCUAGUAAUAGACAAAAGCAUUUCUGUCAAAGUGAGUUUUUGAACAGCUUUUACUGUCAAGAAUUAUGCAAAUUUUAUGCUCUGUAGAAAUAACUGCUUAAGACCAUGUUAGAAGGCAGUUCAACGAUGAAAUUUUGGACCUUUCCACUGCAGAGGUUAGGAAAAUAUAAUUUGGGAAUAUAUAUAAAUGCAUAUUUUUGUAGCAUAAGUUUUUUUAAAAGCCCCAGUCUUUUUUUAAACUUGAAAAUCUAAAUUACUUUAGUCUGCAUGUGUAUUAUAUUAAACUAUUUUUUCAGAUAUAAAGGAACAAUAUAUAGAACUAGUCAUUAAAAGGACACAGCAACUGAAAUCCAGCUUUCAGUGGUCUGUUUUUCUUGAAGAGGUAGCUUAAAUUUCUACACUCUAACAUUCAGUUUCACCAUUUCUUAUCUCUGAAGUGUGGUUCUGUUGAUAUUAAGGCUUGAAAUUUUGUAAAAAGUAUUUUUUUUAUCAACUUCUGUGUUAACACAUGUGGCUCAUUGUUUGAGUACAACAUCCCUAACAGUCUCUCACCCCCUCAACUGCCACCUUUUUUUUUUCCUAAUUCCCGCUCCUUUCCCCAUAGGAAACCAAUGUUAAUCUUUUAAUAUUUUGAUGGAGGAUGGCUUAAUACACAAAGUGUGCUUCAGAGGAAAGAAUUGGAGACAAAACAGGAGACUGGGUUAGUCUUAAUUUACUGACAAUACAAGAAUUUGAGUAAAUUAUCUUAGCCCAAAACCCUUGUAUCUCAAUUUUCAUAUCUGUAAAAUGAAUAAGUUAGACCAAUUAAUCACUCUAGUACUUUCCAACUUGAAAAAUAUCUUUUUCAUUCUUUGCUGAAUCUCAGUGUGGCCUUGAACAUUAUCCUGGGAGUCAGAGGUCGAAGUAUUUUUCUACUGUCUUUUAUUUUAAGAAAUUCCCAAAUGAUGAGUGAUUGCAACAACAGCAGGAUUUUUGCAUUUCUCUGUAAGUAAUGUACAAGAUUGUGAACAAAUCUGUGAUCUUUCAUUCAAGGCCAUUUCAACUGAUUAAAAGAUAAAGCUAAUGCCUUUUAAAA